CUGGCUCCAAGCCACUUUGGCCCGACCCGGUGGCCCCCGAGCCGCCCGGCGGCCCCGGGAUGGCGCGGCGCCGCGCCGCGCGCCGCCGCGCCGCGGCGGCGGUGGUGGCCCUCUCCGCGGCGUGGCUGUGUGCGGCAGGCGCAGGGCACCGAGGCACACGUCGAGCGGGCGGCCCCUGCCUCGCCGGCUCGGGUCGCAGCUCGAGUCGGCCGAACGUGGUGUUGAAGUCCGUGGAAGUCGUGCUGGCGCAGGUCGGUGCUCAGAUCCGGCGGGCCACGGCUUCGGCGGAGAGGGUGCAGGCGCAGGUCUUUGCCCAGAUCGCCGGCUUCUUCACUGGCCCAUUCCUUGAGUUUGGUGCUCACAUUGGUGAUUUUUUCUCUGGCCCAUUCCUUGAGUUUGGUGCUUCCAUCGGUCGCCUAGUCACUGGCCUGGUAUUCGCAAGCGGUCGUUUCUUCACAGGCGCCGUCUUCUCAGUCGGCAGGGGUUGCCGUGAGUUUGGUGUCUUCUUCACUCGCAAUCUGGCCUUCAACAUUGUGGCGGUCAACAUGGUGGCAAUCUUGAGCGUAUAUUUGGCAAUUCGGCGCCUGCUGUCUUGAUGCCGCUACUGCGAGCCGCGAGCGGCAGGAUGGACGCGCCCCGUGCUCGGGGAGGAGAACGAACGGGCCGAGCAGCUCAGCCCGCAGGCUGCGUGCUGGUCGCCGCGCACGGCGCGGGUGCUCUCCCCCCCAAAAAAAAGACAGCCCAAGAUGGCGCCAAGACGGCCUCACAAGAGGCCCCCCGGGUGCCCCAAGAGAGCCACAGAUCGCCCCAGCAGGCC